AUGCCCAUAGCUGCCGGGUCUUUUGGAGUGUCUAGUGAGUGUCAGGCCCUGAAGGACAAAGGGCAGCCUGAGGACUCAGUGGCCUUUGAGGAUGUGGCUGUGAACUUCACUCAGGAGGAGUGGGCUCUAUUGGAUCCUUCUCAGAAGAAACUCUACAGAGAUGUCAUGCAGGAAACCUUCCUAAACCUGGCCUGUAUAGGGAAAAACUGGAAAAACCAGAACAUUGAAAAUGAGUACAAAAACCAAGGGAGAAAUCUAAGUUCCUUCAGAAUACAUGAAAGAAUUCACAGUGGAGAGAGACCCUAUGAAUGUAAGGAAUGUGGGAAAGCCUUUCACUGGCUCAGUUCACUUCAAAUUCAUGAAAGGACUCACACUGGAGAGAAACCCUAUGAGUGUAAACAAUGUGGUAAAGCCUUCAGUCAUUCCAAUUCAUUUCGAAGACAUGAAAGGAUUCACACUGGAGAGAAACCCUAUGAGUGUAAACAGUGUGGUAAGGCCUUCCGGUGUUCCGGUUACACUAAAAUGCACGAAAAAAUUCACACUGGAGAGAGACCCUAUGAAUGUAAGAAAUGUGGGAAAACUUUCAUUUCUCUCAAAAGAGUUCGAAGACAUAUGAUAACACACACUGGAGAGGGACCUUGUAAAUGUAAGGUAUGUGGGAAAGCCUUUGACUGUCCCAGUUCAAUUCAAAAUCAUGAAAGGACUCACACUGGAGAGAAACCCUAUGAGUGUAAACAAUGUGGUAAAACUUUCAGUCGUUCCAGUUACAUUAAAAUGCAUGAAAGAAUUCACACUGGAGAGAAACCCUAUGAAUGUAAACAGUGUGGUAAAUCCUUUAGUCGUUCCGGUUCCAUUAAAAUACAUGAAAGAACUCAUACUGGAAAGAAAUCCUAUGAAUGUAGGAAUGUGGGAAAAGCCUUCUGUCUUCCCAGUUCAAUUCAAAGCUAUGAAAGUACACACACUGGUGAGAAACCCCUUGAAUAUAUAAGCAGUGUGUAA